UUACUCCGCCUGACUGCGGUGUCAGACUCAGGUCAUUGCCUUUACCUGACAGGAACCAUAACAGCACCAGCAUGGCGGCCCGUUUUCUCCUCCGAACCUGCUCUUCCAGAGCCCUGCAGCUCCGUGGGAUCUCCGCGGGGAGACCGCUGCGUGCCGUGGCUACGGGAGGAAUACCAACAGAUGAUGAACAGGCCACUGGGCUGGAGCGACGCACCCUGCAGGCCCUCAAACAGGGAAAAGACCCCUACAGCAUCCUGAAGCCCAAACAGUACACCGGUACCAAGGAAGACCCUCACAUUGUCCCUGGUAUUGGAAACAAGAGGAUGGUCGGCUGUCUCUGCGAGGAGGACAACACGGCUAUAGUGUGGUUCUGGCUCCAUGAGGGAGAGCCCCAGCGGUGUCCUUCAUGCGGGUCUCACUACAAGCUGGUGCAUCAUGAACUGCCCCAUUAAAUGGGGCCAAAUGCUCCGAGCCGCUCCUGCUUUUAGUGGAAAGUGUGCUCAUCAUUCAACAUGUACAGUUUGUCAUUAAAACAU